CUUCACUCUUCCCCACGGUUUCUCUCCGUACAGACUCCCGUCGAGCGCCGCAGGGCUGGCCAGUCGGCGAUGUGUGCUGGGGAUCGCGACUGCAUAAUAGGCACCGCUGUCCGCGCACUGUCGGUUCUCUACGUACCGCAUCCAGCACGCAGUCGCCCUUUCACCUGAACGUAAUCCCCACUGCACGUCAUUGCGCGCGUCGCAGCUCCCAACAACCGCUGGUAGGAACAUUCCGAGCCAGUCACCGCCUCCAGCGCUUGAACCUUGGAGGCUCCACUUCCCACGACGACCUCUGCAAGCCGCCAAACUGGAGCUCCUUUCGCAACCACCGUUUGCAGGGUUCGAGGGCGCGCCGCCUAGAGGCCUCCCUCGUCCAGCCAUGAGCGACAAAGAUCCGCCGCCGUUCGGCUAUACAUUUAGCAGCGACUUCUUCAAUGGCUCCUCCACACCGCUGGACAACAAUGGACAGUCGCUGCUCAGUGACAUGGAAGGCCAGUCCCUCGCCGACUUCUUUUCCAACACCGACCCCUUCAACCUCUCCGACUCUCAGCCGUUCGGCUCGACCACAGAUACCAAGCUCGCAGGCAAUGACUUCAGCGACUGGAACUUCAUGGCCCCAGCGACUGUACACCAAGUCUCAGCCACAGUCCCCGACCAAGCACAACUCCACCACGGGUUCUCCGGCGACCAUAUGUUCGCAACACAUGCACAGCAGUUCGACCACAUGGGCACCACGCACGACGACCUCCAGGCUGCAUCGACCCUUUUCAACAACUCACAACAACACCCAUACAUGACCAACCGGUCACAUAGCUUUCACGACAUCUCGUCUUCGAGCAACAAUACCCAUCCGCACCACCACAGUAUACCGAACCAUACACACGCUUCGAGACCGAUGGUGGCUACAUCGCAGGGGCUGCUCAAUGAACACCUCGCUGCACUCCUACCCAACCACGACGCAGCGGGCACACUCGACGCACAGCUUGCAGCACAGUGGGCUAGCAGCGAUGCACACCAAAGACACGAAGCCGGUUUUGGGCCAAUACUACAUCGCCCAAGCCUGAAGAGGACGUACACGUUCGGUACAGACGACUCCUUCAGCAACCCAGCAGGCUUCUCCGCACCCCACAACGAGACCGAGGAGCAAGUAACACGGCGCCUGAUGCGCGACAUGCGCCACUCUCAGACAUUCAUCCCAGACAUACCCAGCGCCCACGUCCCCGAAGCCGCCGCGCACACCCGCCGAACCCCAGCAGAAGAGGCAAGCGACGGUGAAUCAGAAGAAACAAGCUCCGCAGACGACGACCAACCUACAAAGAAGCGAAAGAAGAGCAUCCAAGUGAAAAAGGAAAGCAUACGCAAAACCGCGCCUGGCAGCCGAGUCGGCAAGCCCAAAAAACCUCCCGCCGAAGACAGCAAGAAGAAACGCGCCUCCGCCGCAGCACAGAAGCUGCAGCGCGAGAACCUUAGCGAGGAGCAGAAGCGCAGCAAUCACAUCCUCUCGGAGCAGAAACGGCGAAAUCUGAUUAAGCGCGGCUUCGAUGAUUUGCACGACCUUGUGCCGGAGAUACGGAAUGGAGGGUUGAGUAAGAGUAGCGUGCUCAUGGAGGCGGCGAAUUUCUUGGACAAGUUGAUUGCGGAUAAUAAGGAGUUGUUGAAGCUUAUGAAUGGCGCUGACGUGAGUGGGUAGCAGCCGCCACGUACGAGCCGACGAGCUCACAAUGGAGGAAAGAAGAAGCAUGUGGGUGGGUUCAGCAAAGAAACACGUAGCUGGGAUUGCGAGCAGACCUGGCCUCGAAGAAGACAACAUGUGGACCCAAGAACACACGGUGUCUCUGGCAAAUGUCUGCGAGUGGGUAAGCUGGCAGGCAAGGCGGCCGAAGGGUGGACGAAAGGGCAGGCAGAAGGACGGAAUAUGACAGAGUAACCAAGAUGGCGAAAUGAUACCCAUGGACGAGUCAAGGAGAGAAAAUGGUGGUGCAGCAUUUCGGUGUAAUUCAGCGAUAGAGGGAAGUUUCCUGAGGAUUCGAUACCCCAGAACGUGUACGAUCAAUAUAAUCAGUGCAAUAUCGUGGACAAUAUUGCCCAGAUGCAUUGCAAUCUCGACUCGAAGCGUGAUGCAUUGGAAAGAGAUGAAGGAGCCCUUGCUCUUCCGUGCAACUCC